AUGAGUUCACGGUUUUUGGCGAGCUUUUUGAGUGUUUUGGCGAGUCUAGGGUUGAUGGACUCGUCAGGAGUGAUUGUGGGGUUGGUUGGGGAUGCUUUGACGGUGCCAAAUGGCCUGGGUCUUUUGCGCUCGUCCAAAGAUAAGACCUCUUUUUGUGCAUUGUCUUGCACUUGUUCGACCAGGCGGAGCUUCUCGGUCAACUCCCGAAUUUGCCUUUUCAACUUUGUGUGUUUCUUGGAGACGGUCUGUUCUCGUUUCUUCUUGUCGCUUUUUCGGAUCUCAUUGUCUUCGUUUUUCAUCUUGUUCUUCCCUCUUCCUUUUCGGAGUGAUGAUGAUGCCUUCACCUCAGAUAGAGGGGGGUCCUCUCCCUUAGGUCAACAUAGUGGGGUAGGGGGAAAAGAGGCUACAUCUAAUGUGCCUAAUUUACCUAAUGAUGAUCCAACUGUGAAAACUCCCACAGCUAAUGAUUCUGAGGAUCAAUUAGUUGAGUGGCGGGAUGCUGAUGGUGGGUUGAGAAUGGGGACGACAAGCAGAGAAAGGGUAAGACGGCGGGCAAAAAGCCGGCGGCGAGGUGAGAGGCGGCGGCGUUUCCUCUUGUUCGGAAAGACCUUCGAUUGCAGGCCUGUUUCGCUGACUUUGCCUCGGGUGGAUGAUUUCUCGAACGGCAUUAUGAGCUAUAUGUAA